UAAACUCAUAAAGUAUAGUUUGAGAAAAUGAACUAUCCAUUGAUUAGCUUAGAAGUGUUGACGUCACGUGACUGAUAGCCAUAACUAUAAGACGCGAUCUUUCAAUGCUGUCCCAUUCUAUUGACACUUCAGCCUGGCACAAUGAAUCUCUGGAUCUCUGGUGUGUUUCUCCUGGGCUCACUCACUCUAUGUUUUAGUUUUAUUUUCAAGACUUCCCACGACACGGUCAGCGUUGGUGGUACAAGAGCAGUCGAACUAGAAUGUGACUAUCUAGGUGGUUCUAACACCACUCUAACUUCCAUCAACAGGAUCAGAAUAGAUAGACUUGUCAAUGGAGCCUGGACUCUGGUCUCGGAGAUAGUGGACGUCAAUAACCACAUUAAUAACGUCGACCCCGCGGUUACAUCUUCGGGCGACAUUAGCACGCAAGGUAACCCGUACUUAAAAGUGGCUUGGGAUGUUGCUACUGCGAAUACCCCAGGCACGUACCGCUGUGAUAUUGUCGGCAUGGACGCAGCGUUAGACAUUUCUGUGCAGAAGUCAGAUCCAGUGGUCAUCAGUGAAAUUGUUACCACUUCUGCUCCGGCUAUUGCUGGAGAUCCUAACCUGGCUCAGAUUAUACAGAAUCAGAUCUCCAUGCAAACUCAGAUCGACCAUCUGAGAGACCACACUGCUCAAGAACUGAGUGAUAUUUUAAACUUGAUCAGAGAGAAUCAGCUAGCUGAGUUUCAGCUUUUUAACAGCAUUCACAACCAACUAGACUCCAUAGCACACAAACAAUCCGAGAUGGACAACAGACUGACCAUACUAGAGGGAGGAACAGUCACUUCUCCUCCUUCCUUUACUUCAACGGUUGGCUUAACAAAUGCCCAAACGUCUGGUCCAACAAACUCUCCAACCUCUCCUAUCCCCGUCACAUUUGAUGGUCAGUGGCCGAGUGGAAGCUAUGGGCUAUUUCGACCAGCGACCGGGUGCCCAUCCAAUAGCCCAUUCGUUACAUGGACAGUGGGUACACGCAGACAUCAGACAUCGACCCAGUACAAUGACGUGUCUUUGAAUAAUCACAUGGUCUACCCAGCAAUGGAAAACAUCAAUGAAACUUUCUUCAUCAAUGAGAGAUUCUGCAUGGUGGAUUCCCCAGCAUUUGGCAGCGCUUGGCCCAAGGGAAGCUACUGCAUCAACCGGAAAGGUGGAGUAUGUCCCUCUGGUUUCCGCUCGGGCUAUAUCAAUAUGGAGGACAUUGGUACCAAUGAAAAUGUGUUUGGCUCUGUACCAGAUGGCAUCUACAACGCAGGCUCACUUAUUUAUUACUGUUGUCGCAAUGACAGCCCUCCCACGGCUCCCAUUUCUCUGCCCACUGCUGUUCCAUUCUACUUGUACAAAUAUGGAGACUCGUGUCAGACAGUGGCUGGCAUGUCUGUUGAAAGCGAGUGGUUUCUGAUCGACACAGAAGACGCUAACAAUCAGGAUCAUUAUGAAAACGAAUGGCAUCCAUCCGGAAGUGUGAAUGACGUCAGAGUAUUGCUGUGUUACUAUUUUAGAAAUUGACUUUGAAAAUUGUGAAAAAAAAUGUCUUCAAUGCAUUCUGUAUGUGUCAGUGUAUUCUUCGGCCAUGGUAUAGGAGUAGAAUGAGUUUUAGUCAAUAGGGGUUUCCAAUCAAUAUAUAGAUGUGCGAUUUUGUUUUCUUUACUAACCCUAAAUCUAUAGAACUAGCCGAUUCAUUGAUUUCAAAUCUUUUGUGUAAAACUCAAAGUUGAACUAACAAAUAAAAUUAAAAUGUCAGCUGUUACUAAAAA